CCUGCUGAGUUUGUUGAAUUCCCUUUUGUUGUGCAGUAUGACUCCACUCUUUGUGCAAGGUGCUAUGUUCGAGGCAACUUUAGGGUUGGUCUCAGCAAUGCUGAUUUCAGGCGGGUAGAGAUCACUGAUGAACCUAAGGCAGAUUGGUCGGAAAAAGAGACCUUGCUGCUUCUGGAAGCCAUUAUGCAUUAUGGUGAUGACUGGAAGAAGGUUGCACAACAUGUUGGUGGUAGGACUGACAAGGAUUGCGUAGCUCAUUUCGUUAAGCUUCCUUUUGGGGAGGAAUUUCUUGGUCAUCCAUCCUCUGACGAGGCUGAAUCUGGAUUUGAAACCAAUAAGAGGAUGCGCCUCACACCUCUUGCUGAUGCAAGCAACCCAAUCAUGGCUCAGGCUGCUUUUCUGUCAGCUUUGGCUGGUGUGGAGAGUGCAGAAGCUGCUGCCCGAGCAGCUGUUACCACUCUAUCCGAGAUGGAUGACAACACCGCUAGCAAAGGGGGCCGUGGAUCUUUUGCAAGAAACACAAGACGAGAAGCAGACGUUUCAUCUAAUGGUGACACCAACCCAAAUGCAUUGGAAAGAGCAUAUGCAGAUGUGAAUGCACUGCUUGAGAAGGAAGAACGUGACAUUGAAAGAGCUAUAACUGGGGUUACAGAAGUGCAGAUGAAAGAGAUCCAAGAUAAGAUUCUUCACUUUGAGGAGUUGGAUUUGCAGAUGGAGAAAGAGUUUGCACAAUUGGAGGGGAUUAAGAAUCUACUUUUUGUUGACCAGCUAAAUCUCUUAUUUCGUAGAAGUUAUGCAUUGAAAACUGAAGAACGAGUGGUGGAGAAUGUAAAACCAAAUGUUUCAUAAUCAGUGUAUGUUCAAGCUUUAGCCAAUAGAGAAAUUGUUUUGAAUU